UUUUGAACACUUUUUUCUUGUGUAGAAAAAUCGUAAAGAAAAUGUGUUAGAAGAAAGAAUUGAAAAGUGAACAGCUAGCAGAGUAGUCAUUUGUACGUGUUUGGGAAGUGCAUUGGUUAAUACAUAAAUUUUAAAUUUGUGCGUACAUGUGUAGUUGUCAAAGAGUUCUAUAUUAUUAAAAAAAAAACGAUUAUUUUAUGGACUUGCAGACUUUAACCAAGACAAUAUCAAUCAUCACCAAUCGGAGUCUAAAUGUAAUAUAAGAAACUAUUACUACCAUUAGGAUAGUUUUGCAGAUUAACUCGAAAAGUUUACUUCUACACAAAACUUUCAAAGCGGAAAAUUGUGCCCAAAUGGCGACUUCAGGAGCAACUGCGUCGGCGGCAGCACACGCUACCAGUGUCGUGGUUCUGGAUCGCGGUAACAAUACAACAUGUACCAUAAAUCUGCAUGGCGCAACUGUCGUUUCGUGGCGUGUUAAUAAUCAGGAGCAGCUAUUUGUAAGCAAACUUGCCUCAUUUGAUGGGAAAAAAGCUAUACGUGGCGGCAUACCUUUCGUGUUUCCUCAAUUUGGACCCUGGUCAUUCGGUCCGCAGCACGGAUUUGCUCGUAUAACUAGAUGGGAUUUGGAGCGAUCUCCAGAACGUUUACACAAUGGUGAUGUUGAAGCUAUUUUCUCUUUGACGGACAACGAAUUCACUCGUUCUAUGUGGAAUUAUCAAUUUCGUAUCACAUAUCGCCUGAUUUUACGAGAAAAAGAGUUACAUUUUCACAUUGGAGUGUAUAAUCCGAGCAAGGAUUUAUCUUUCACGUUCAAUAUGCUAUUGCAUACAUAUCUAAAAGUUCCUGAUGUACGCCGUUGUCAAAUAACCGGUUUGCAUGGUUGCACAUUUAUUGAUAAGACUCGUGACGGUGCUAUAUACCAAGAAGGACGUGAAAUAGUGACCAUUGGCGAAUGGACGGAUCGAGUUUACCAACACACUCCACAAGAACACGUCAUAACGAACGUUGUAUCCGGAAGAAAAAUGCGAUUACAAAAAUACAAUUUUCCUGACACAGUUAUUUGGAACCCAUGGAUAGAUCAAGCAAGAGAAAUGAGUGAUUUUGGGGAUGAUGAAUUUCCCAAUAUGCUGUGCGUGGAGUCGGGUCAUGUAUCAUCGCCGAUUAUUUUACUACCAGGUACAGCAUUUGAGGCCAGCCAAAUACUACAGAUCAUCAUCGAGGGGAAUGUCAAUAGAAAAACAAAACGAAAUCGCUAACGUUUAAAGAAUCGGAACCCGCAGAGGUAAACCGAUUCAUAAAAGGCAAUUUGUAUAAUAAAACACAUAAUUAUUAGACGUUUAGAUCAAAAAGGAUGGAGAAGGAAAAAGAGACCGUCAAUUUACUCAACAGCAAAAUAAAGCAUUCCACUAAAUCUAAAUAAAUUCGGAAAUUUUGUAUAUGGAUGUAUAUAAUGCAGGCGUGAUUUGAAUUUGCAAAUAUGAACUAAAUCAAAUUAUAUUUUCCAAUUUUGACAUGAGUAUCUAAAAUUUCUUUUACAAAAAAUA